ACCCUCGUCGCCCCCGCCCAUGGAUCCGCCGGUACCUAAUCGCAAGAGGCGCCGCUCACCAGUCCUCGGUAGCCUUAAGAGCCCCUUCGUCUACGUUCCUGGAGAUGGGACCAAGAUCGGCCGCUUCGUUCCGCGCGGGAGCGGCGCUCAAUACUGCUUCCCCGAUCAGCCGCCGCCGCCGCCGCCGCCGCCGCCACCGCCAGGGUGUGAGGAGAAGGAGCUUGUACCGGGACCAUCAGUACCAGCGGCACAAGCGGUGCAACAGAAUGUCUCUUCCUCUAUCCUGAUGCCUGGUAUUACAACAUGUCGUGAAUCGCCCAUCACUGCUGCUUACUUUCCCUCUCCGCAACAUCCAUCCUUGUUCCCUCAGCAGCCACCAUGGCUCUUCCCCUCCCAGCCUAUCUCACCACAUUCUCACUACCCUCAGAGGCCCCUGGGGCGCCGUCUUACCCCAUCUCUAGGGUCACCUUUUCUACGCCGGGUACAGUUCCAGUGGGGGAUUGACUUCUACAUCAGGAUUGACCUUGCGGGAUAUUACCACACAUAUCCUCACGUUGGUGGGAUAUAUCAGAGCCUGCAGGAAGCAGACCGUGGGAUUGAGCGCUAUCUUCAUGGCCGCCGGGAUCCAAAAAUGUUUAAGAUGGAUAAUGUUUCACCAGUGGACAUCGCUGUACGUCAAUGUCUUUACUAUCCUGAUGGCGCAAGGAGGAGGCCCUUGAGAUCAGAACCAGUUGAUGAAAUCCGUGAUAGUAAGCUCCAGUUGGUUCAUGCUUUGGUGGACAAGUAUAACGAGGAUAACAAUCUUUUUGGGGAUCGUGCAUAUGAAAUCAACGCUGUAGGGUGUUACCAAGCAUUUUGUGAGGGUGAUGUCAGCACCUGGUAUCAUCAUAUCAAUUUCACUGCAAAGACAAAAGGAGCGGUUUAUAGCGACGUCUUCUUCGCUGAAGUCAUAUUUAUGCUAGGAGAUUCUGAAGAAUUGCCGGUCAGCUGUUUAUACAUGGUUAAACCUACUGAUAAUGGUAACUGCUUUGGUUGUAUGAAUCAUGGAAACUUUGAUAUGAAGCACCCCAACGAUGUUGGUUAUGUUGGUGGUCACGUGCUGAACACAUUCAUGCCAUUCAACGGACCUAAGCUAUGCUUUGACGACGAAGACCUGGAGGCAGAGGAGGCUAGGCUGAGAAGCAGUUUACAGUGCCUUGAUAGUCCACAAUUUAACCCUCCAUGCGGUGGACCCCCAGAAUUCUUGGGCAGUGGGAUUCCCGGGCUGUAUCUCUAGGCAAACAAAAUAUCGAAGAGGCUAAAGAGGGUGGAGGCAGGGAUGAGGACUUUGUUCUUAACAUUAAUGCCGUUUGUACUUAGUUGUACUACUGCAGUUUAUUUAACUUUGUAAGGUAUUUUAUGACAAUGUGACACAGACAUAGGCUGAUUGUCUUGGUUAGACUCUGAAUACAUGCUAGGCAUCGAUGUGUUCUCAAUUAUAGAGCAUCUUCUAGAUGGCCCAGUGUCGACCAUGGCUGGGUAUCUGACAUAUUUUAAACACUAUGUAUACUCUUUGAGCCAGACAAUUAUCUUCCAUCAAAGUCUC